CAAGCAGAUCACAAUUUACCCAUCGUAAGGCCCCUGGUUGCACCCAAUCCAUGCUAUGAAAUGCUAUCGCGUGUUCCAGGUGGCCCAGCUAGACUUCCCAACCCAACGGGAGACGAAGUCCUUCGGACCUUGACGAAAACGAACGACCCCUUGACAUUCAACAACGCAAGCCCAGCUCACAGAAGAGAGAAGAACUAAGAUGGCAGCGAUCACGAGUGCGGUUGUGGCGAUCGCGGCGGUGAUCCUGGGCUGGAUCACCAUCGAGAUCGCCUGCAAACCGUGCCUGGAGAAAGGCCGAGAAGCCAUCGAUCGCUCCCUCGACCCCAACUACGACCCGGACUCCCCUAUCUCCGCACCUAACCACACCCAGCCCCUCCUCGAUCCCACCCCAUCUGCUCCUCCAAUCUCCACCACCACCGUUAAGACUAUCUGAUGAUUCUCUCCGUGAUGUUUUACAUCUUUUACUUAAAAAAUGCUCAGGUUUAUACUGCUUUAUAUUGCAUCCUAUUAUGUGUUUCUUGGAUGAGUUUGUUUGUUUUAUCAUAUAUGUAAACGAUCAUGCACCUAGAUAAAUGGUAAUGAGAGGAUUGGUUUUACUUCACA